UCUGUCAUCUAACCUGAAUGCAUCGUCAGUCAGACGCCAGAACAAGUACAAUUUCCAAACAUGCUUACCUAUGACGCCUUUUGUGGAUGGAUCAAACAGCAACAUCGGCUCCCCUGCAGUCCCGGCCCAGCGGCAAGUAGUGAAUGGCCCGCUACAGCUUCCAAGAGUUUUUCAAUAAACACUGACUCACUCACUCACUCAGUCAGUCACUGACUGACUGGAGCAACACAACGACGCCUGUCCAGUGGACAAAAUUGGUCUUAACAGUUCCCAAUUCAUUAAAAACGGGCGAGGUAACACAGUUCUGGUUCACUUUUGGUCUGAAGUUGUUGAAAACAGAAAUCGGAUACCACAUUACAUGAAGAAAACGGUAAAUUCGGAAGAUAUUGAACAGAUUCAGACUAGACCGUCACUAGAAAGUCUUCCUUUGCUUCAGUGACUGUGACACCUGCAUCACACCAACUCAGCUCAACCUCAUCCUCGAACUCAACGAGAAAUUUCUAGCUCAUCUCAACUUAAUUGAGAUAAGAAAAAAGGCCUAUGCUUGACAUUUUGAGGAAAAUUCCCCCAGUGACAUUUGCGGAAGCUCCGUCAGAUCAGCUCAACUCACCUGCGGCGGAAUCACUGAUAUUUAAGUCAAUUUACAUUGUGCUUGUACAUGUAUGCCAAUGCCAACCAGACUUAAACGUGGCUACGCACCAGAUUUUAAUUUGCUUUCUACGGUACUCCAAUCACCCUUGUCUACUGCAGCAACUCUCAGCUCAGCUCACUAGCUCCCUAACACUAACAGAUGAUCAAGAAUUCAAGCUUUUGUAACUAUGAACAGAUCAAAUGAAGCCUAACGCCCAUCGAUUUGGAUGCCUCUACCACCAGUGCCAAUUACCCUGGCCCAUCACCUCCACCACAUUACUGCGGCAGCUCCGGCCAUCAGAUCAGGGCACCGUAGCAUGAAGCUAAUCAAUCGAUCAUAGGGCUAAUUUUUGUCUUGCCUGCAUAGCAGAGCGAGACUACGCCGCUUUUCAGACGGCGGCAACAAUGAAAUCUUUACUAAGGUUAAGUAUUUGAAAUGUCAUGACUUUUGAAUGUAUAUGGAUCUACAGAAGCGGAUCUAGAGGGGGGGUUGGGGGGGUUGCAACCCCCCAAAAAAAAAAAUCCGGGGACCAUUUUUUAAAAUCUUAUCUUUUUUUUUAAACUUGUAAUUUUAUUUUAUUCUAUUUCUAUGUAUUUAUUUUUCAAAAAUUUUCCCUACUGUGGGAGGGGGGACACCCCCCUCCCACACCCUCCCCCCUCGCUCGCUCCGCUCGCUUGGACUCGGUCGCUACGCUCCCUCGCAUACCACCCCAACCCCCCCCCCUUUAUAAAAAGCUGGAUCCGCCCCUGAUCUAUAUGGAUCUAGUUCAAGAAACUAGGACAUGAGAGCAAUCAAGUAUCACUGAUCGCCUUAAGUGAGUUUCAGGUCACAUGAUUAUUGUCAAAGGUCGUUUAGGGUCAAUGAACUUUAACCAUGUUCGAUUAUUUGUUAAAAAUGCCUUCAUAACAUUGAAACUUUAUGGAUCUAGACUACACUAUGAAACUUGGACAUGUAAAGGGUAAUCAAAUAUCAUUUUACACAAGUCUUAGGUCAUGCGGUCAAGGUCAAAGGUCAAUAAACCUUUUAUUAUCAUAAGAAUGUUGUUUUUGUCAACAAUUAUUCAUCUUAGUUGUUUUAAAAUUCAGCACUGCUGUUAUAUGGAUUGUGUAAUGCAGGCAAGACUGCCAGAGGCAUUCCACUUGUUAUGAUUAAUCAUACAUAAUAUUCAAUGCAAUCAUUCAUAGAAAUCAGCCCCAUUAUCAAUUGCUAAGGUUUGUGUUAUGGGCCCUGAUCAUCAGCUCAGCUCACCUGUAAAGCUCAGACGCGUAGCAACCAGAUCGAUCAGAACAAGUCAAGGAUGUCUCCAUGAAGAGGAUCAGAUCAAGAAUGUCAACAAAUGAAAGUCUGAAUGUGGUUUCAAAUGAAAGCAAGCACAGAGUGCUAUUCAUGAGAGCAAAAACCCUGAAAUCAUCAAGAGUUCACCUGGCAGAAAUGGCCCUACAGGAAGCAGAGAAUAUGGAGCUUGAUUAUGAGGAGGUCAUUGUCAUGCUGGACGAUGAACUCGACAAACCCGGGUCAAAGGUCAAGAAAAUGCCCAGAAAUAUGCCACCGGAAUCAGUGCCGUUACUAGUAUACCAAAGGAGAGAAUGCUGGAAGAGGAACAUACGGAUUCUGACCGACUAGUCAUCUUGCCAAACAUCAAGGACCUGUCAACUUUUCAACGGAAGCUAAGGAGACGGUGAAGACUUUGGUUGAAUUCAUGUCACUCAGUGUACAACAUGGAUCCACCCCUAUCUGGUGUUAACCAUCUUCAAAGCAUCUAGGAGAGAGAUAGUCAAUCAGAGACAAGGACGUUACUCCAAUCUUGAAAUCAUCAUGUACACACAACGUCUGGUGUGAACAGUUGUUGGUCUUUGCGUGAAGUAUGAUCAACAUAAGAAUGGCUUUGACACCAAACUCUUCAUAUACACCAUCCAUUUUGUGUUAAUAAUGUAUUCAUGAUAAAGACAGUGUACAGGGAUUGGAUCUUGACACCUGUCAUUAUCUACACUCUGGUGUUAGCCCUAUUUAAAUGGGCUAUUUCAGAUCAAGUUUUUACUGAUAUAGAGUGUAGAUGAUGUUUGGUGUUAAGCAUUUGGCUAUGUGGAAAUUUACUCCCAUGAAUGUCUGGAAUAUGGUUAACCCUUGGUUAAUUGGGGGGGGGGGGUACAUCAGACUUAAUGAACCAGAUGUCAGUUUAAAUGUUUAUGUCAAUUAUUGAAAGCAUUUUUAUUAUCAAAUAUGUGGCUUGCAUAUGCAUUCACUCAUGAACCCAUUUUGAUAUGUAUUUUAUGAUGACUUUAGUGUAGAAGCAGGUCCAAGCUAUUAUUUCUUUGCUGAUAAUUCAGUGAUAGUUUUAGGAGAUAUUAGUGGAAUUAUUUGUGUUGAUAUGGUGCCGACUAUUCUACAAAAGUGGAUCCAAAGGUUUUCCAGAGUUUUUCCCUAUUGAGUUUUAUCUCUGGUUUUUUACCCUGGAUCUACUUGUCAUAGAACUAGUCGAUGGGGGGGGGGGGGUUGAUGGGUUUGGAGGUGGGGGUCUUAGCCUGAUAAGUCCAAAUUGCAAAAAAAAAUUGAUUUUGCAGCGACAUCACCUACUUUUAUUUCUAAAGUCUGUGCAUCUUUUGAGACCAAAUAUGCGAUACCUGGGUACGCAGGUCCACAGUAAAGGCAUGUUAGACCCCAAAUUGGUCAGAAGGAAAAAAAAUCACAUAUUUUAAUUGUUAAUUGGAGAAAAGGGGCAUUUCAAAUGCACAGAUAUUGUGUAUUUGAAGUUACUAAUGUUGAACCUAUUUGUUUAUGCCUAUCAGCCAUUUAUGUCAGAAUAUGAAGUCAAUCGGUGUACAGUGUCUGACAAAUACGUGUAGUUUUGAGGGGGUAUAUGCUCUAAUAUUCCUGAAAAUAUUGUAGAAAUGUUUGUUAGGGAAUGAAUUUUAUACCUCCACACACUGUAGGUGGCUUCUGGAGGCAUUAUGUUUUAGGUUGUUUGUCUGUCAUGUUUUUAUACUUGCAAUAAAUCGCAAGAUUCGCCUGACAAAUUACUUUCAAACUUGCUAGUGACGAUAAUCUGUUUACUUUCGGGAGGGGGGGGGGAUCAAGGUCACAAAGGUCAUUAUAUACCUUUGAAAUCUUAUUCUCACGAUAAUUGAAAAACUAUGAUAUGCUUUUCACACUGUACUUUUUUUCUAAAGUGUUGGGCUAAGGGGGAGCGGGCCUUAGCCCCACCAAUUUCCCGGGGUUGAGCUUAGCCCACUUCGUUUUCACACUACGUUUUAGCAAAGAAAAGCAGGGUUAGCCGGCUUAUGUGGUGCUAGCAUCACAAUUGCGGUGCUAAGAGAUGUAGUGUGAAAGGAAACUAGGCUAAGGAAAAGUGGGGCUAAGCAAUAGCCAAUCACAGAAGUCGAAAUUGCAUGUUAUUCACGUUCUGUAUGGUAAAGUCAUCAAUAUUCAUGAGCUGUGGGAUAGUCCGGGGUUAAGGCGUUAUCCCCAUCUAAGCAGAUAGAAUGGGGUUAAGAAAGACAGUGUGAAUCCAAAAAGAGAUAGUAUGGGGUUAAGGAUAGUCCGGGGUUAAGGAUAGUAUGGGGUUAAGGUAAUGCAAUGUGAAAAGCAUAUGAGAGAUCAACUGCGAACUUGGCUGAUCUUGUACAUAUAUUGAAAGGGCAAUGGUCUGACAAGACUGUGGGGUCUGGAGGUCAAAGUUCACAGAGGUCACGAUGUACCUGAAAACAUCAUUUUCUUGUGAAAACCUAAGAACCGUUUAUGGGUUGCAGUUGCAAACAUAGCUCAUGAAUAGAUAGUAGGGUCAUGAGGUUCAAAGGUGACAUGGGUCAUUAUGAAUAGUAAUUUCUUAUUCUCCCAAUAAAUGUCAAAUGUUGGGGUCAUGAGGACAAAGUAUUUUUUUAGAUACAUUCUUGUCGCAUUUCUUAAGAACUGUUUAAAAACAUUUCCUGUAUAGGCUCAUGUAUGCGUAUAUGUGAGAGGGUGUUCUUAAUUAGAUUUUAGGGUCACAAGGUCAAGGGGACAAAGGAUACAGAGGUCAUUAUUUCAAAAUAUUAGAAGGUGCUUGUGUAAUAUAUUCUAGAUCUGGAAAUAGCGGAGGCUUAAAUUGGACUGUGUGUAGUAGAGAAUCCAUCCAUUUCUUUCAAAUAUUUCAUAGUCCCACUACUCUUGUUCCAGUCAUGUGGGGGUAUAUUUUUAUUCAGAAAAAAAAUCUACCAUAUAGAGUGUUAGAAAGUGUUUUUUAAUAGAUAUCAAGGGUUACAACUGUUGUAACUUUUCCAUUAUGGCAACUACCAUGGUAACCUUGAUUCUGAUUGGCUGCUGAGCACUGCGACCAUGGUAGUUGCCAUUAUGGUAAAGUUACAACAGUUGUAAGUCCUUUAUGAAACAGGCCACAGAUCAUUUUGAAGUCAUGAGAGGUUUAAGAAACUAGCAAAACAAUUCUUGGAAGUGUUUCACAAAUAAUUAAACUGACUAAAAGUCAUGCUUAAGUAUUAAUUUGCACAUGAUAAAUUGCAUUCUUACUGAUUAAUACAUGUAUGUAGUACAGCAUAUCCUCUGAUUCUGAUCCAACCAGUGAUCUGUUAUUUUCCACACACUGGAAAUUUAAGAGCAAUUUUAGUCACACUUUAUUCUUUGUGAAACGCCCCUUUGAUUUUUCUCUUUAUGUCACGUGUUCUAAGGACAGUGAUGUUCUGUUUACCAGUAUAAAACCAAAAUGCUCAUUCUGUUUUGUUUGUUUACUUUUCCUGUACAAAAUUCUUUGAAUUUACCGUUGAAAAAUGGAAUUCAUUUUUGGGGGGGCUGUGUACAUUUUCUAUGACAAAAUAGAAUUUACAUUUUAGAUCAAGUUUAAAACGGAGUUACAGGUUUUCAGAAACGGAAAAGACCAUUUUUUUAAAAACUGAAAAUCACUGUUCCUAUAAAUGUAAUGUCAGAUAGCUUGGACCUGCUGUGUAUCUAUAAUGUACGAUUAUCUGUACUGUAUACUUGCUUUGUAUUAAUGAUUUUAUUUUUAUUUCUUGAAAACAAUGUAAGACCAGCAGCCGAGAAGAUUCAUUCAAGUUGGAGGACCAUAGCAGUUGAUCUUCAUGAUUGAUGGAGUAACCCUGAUUCCUCACAAACAUGGCUUGCUGUCUGGUUUGAGCUGGGAUCUUCCUGCCAGAAUCACAAAAUAUGUGAUGUCACUACCAAGAGAUCUAUUUUCAGUGUGCAGAGGAGGGCACUUGACACUGCUGUGCAUGGUAUACAACAUCUAUAAUGUAAGUGCUUUAUCAAUGAUUUUAAUGAUAUUUUGUGUAGCCUAGAGUAUGUGAGACAAUGCAAUCAGUUUUCCAGUAAUUAUUCCCGAGGGUAACAAUCAAUUUGGAAAUAUUGGGCAGCAGUAUUUACCCAUAUUGGGCUUUUUAUCCACAUUUUGAGACAACUCUUCAAAUUCAUAGCAUUCUAUUUCAUCUUUAGAAUGAUGUUCUUUUAAUGAAAAUCUAUCAAAACAAUACAAUUUUUUAAUGCAAUUUGAUAAAUUUGUAGGGAUUAAAAAAAAACUCCUCUACAAUACAAUGUUUGCAUUAUCUGUUGAUCCAUUAUUUGCCGCCUUUCUUUAUAUACCUUUCUGUUCUAUCUGCUUAAGCUGCUGCUCUAAAUUCAUCUUUGUUUCACAUUGUCACAACAAAUAUCUGCCAUGACUGAUAUAAUAAUGUACUAAGACAAAGAAAUCAUUUAAAGGAAAUAUACAUGUAUAUAUUUACAGAUUUUGAUCUCAUUACUUUUAUAAUUAAUUGCAAAGCCCAGAUUGAGCAGUGUGAAUUAUUUUGCAAUAAAUGUAUUCCUUAUUUCUGUACAUAUUAAUUUUUCGGACAGACUAAUUUUACUUUUUUUUUAAUGUUUGGUCCGAUCCCCAUUCACCAUAAACCUUUUUUUUUUUGGGGGGGGGGGGGAAAUGCCGAGUGUGUAUUCAUUAUGUAAACACAGAAUGCGAGAGAUUUAGCCAGACCUGUGUUGGAUGAUAAUGAUAUUGUGAUGAAGGUGGCUUCUCAAUAUUGGUUCGUCUGUCAAAAAACAAAAAUAUAAAAAACAAAGACAAAAACUUUUGUCUUUUCUUCUCCACUUCAGAUAAAAAAAUUAACUCAUUUUCAUGAGGAUUGUGUGCUUCAAUGGUAUUCCCACAAUGUGUAAAGGUAAAAAAUGUUCCUUCAAUCAGUGCAAUACAAGUAAGUGUGGAAUCUAGUUUUAGAAGUGCAAUGUCAAAUUUUGAUUUCUCUCUGUCAGCAAGUGUUAUUUGCUUUUCAAGAGUCUUGCCCACUGUUGUGUUUCUAGUUGACUAUAUUGACAAUAUUUUGUUUUGGGCCUUUUGCACAUUUGUCAGAUAUAUUUGAUGGAGCAGUUUAGCCAAGAUGGCUUUGGGGCUUAGUGGCAGUGAUCAAGUUUGAUCAAGGACCUGUUUGCACUCCAAACUAAAGAAGAGAUGAACUGUUGACCUAUGUUUGAGGAGAGCGCUGCUGACUUCCGGAGUUAUGUUUCAAUUGCAUGUGACAUUUUGUAUUUGGUGUUUGAAGAUUUGGUAAUGUUGUGAUAAUCCUCAAGUACUCUCUGACCAAGAGGAAUGGUGUUCUUUUCAACCUAGGUGUUGGUAUCCAGUGCUCUUCAAAACAUGCAAGUUGCAUAUUAUCUGUUAGAAAUUCAAAUGGGGAUAUCUUAUGAGGGGUCUGUUCCUUUGAUUGUUUUACUAAUACAUUGUGCCUUACAGGUGGUCUGAAUGAUAAUAUUUGUAUUGUUUGGUAGACAUUACAGCAUUCUAAGUUUAUUGCCAUCUGGAAUUCAUCCACAGUUCAGUCUGUAGGUGAGCAGUGAUCCACCGGAUUGUCAACCUUCUAAAUUUUCAUUUUUCCAUUCUUUCCAUGUUUAUUCAGUCAUUGUAUUGUCUGGUAGUUUUUCCUCAGGAAACAUUUUAAGUCUGUGUGUAUGAGAAAUUCAUUUAUUCACUUCAAAUUCAUCUCAAAAGAGGUUGCUGUAUCUGGGAAGGCAUUUGAUAGAACUAGGAAUACAUGUAUCUGACUUGGUUGAUCUGGCCGUCUUUCAAAUUUACAUUGUCUCUCUCCUGGGCUUUGAAAACUUUGUUUGGUCCAAAUCAUAGCUGCUAUUUUGACAAACCUGAAAAGUUGGUUCAAAUCAAGCAUUACCUACUUUGGUCAUAGAGGAUUGUGACAUUGCCUACGGGAAUCAGCCAAGGUAGGAUGACUCUUCAAGACCUGAGAGUUGUGACUGGUGGUCAAUGAAAGAUGCUUGUACCUUGUAGAGCCUCAUCAGCACGCACAUGGUGCCAUCACCCUCCAGGAACUGGAGCGAAUGAUUCUUUGAGACUUGACCAUGGUAUGGUAUUCAAUUAAAGAGGAUUGUUGUAGCUUGAAUAUCCUCAGAAGCAUUCUCACAUGGAUUGAUAAUUGUGGCAGGGACGGAGGGGCCCCCUAGCAUAACCCAGUUUUGAUGGAGUGUAAUUGGAUGACUUCUACUAGAUUGUUACAAUGGUUUCUGACGUCUGUCUGGUAUGAGUUUGGAAAAUUCUAUUUGGUGCUGUCCUUGAAGUUUGACAUUUCUUCUGGAAGAUUGUUACAGUUGUCAUUCGCUGUUGCCUAAAGAAAUAGAUUCCUACUUCAAGUCUGAAAGGAGCUGUGGAAAUUUUUAUUUGGUGCUGUUUCUGAAAUUCCUUCUUAAUCAUCUUUUGGCUGAAGAAUGUGUUUCCUAUAUCCAUUCUGGAAGGAGUUUUGGACAGUUUAUCAGAUGCUGUUUCAUGAAUUUGACAUUGCACUUCACUACUAGGGAACAUGCAUUGUACCGUGAUGAUUGAUGGUGCAUUGUGGGAUAUAAAGUGCACUUCCUUAGGACGAGUCGAUCUUGAGGGUUCGACCUGUUAGAUCUAGAUUCACAUAUAUCUUGUCAUUCUAAAUGCAAUAGCUUUGUCUCUCAAAAUUUUGUGGAAGAAGUGAUGGAUGCAUACGCAAACCAAAUCAUUUGGUUCCUUUAUGAUGGUGAAUAAAUGAAGGGGAAACAAUGAAAACGAAAGAAAAGAAACAAUCAAAUUGUUGUUUUCUCUGUUGGUUUAUUUCUAAAUAUUAACUAAAAUUGCAGUGUUUAUUGAAGUUCAUAUAAACACAAUUGUAUUAUGUACAGAAAAACGGUGCAUUUAUUUGCGAAAUUGUUCUAAUAUUUCCCAUCUGCUCAGGCUGUUGCUCAUUUUAAAAUAAUCCCCCCCCCAAAAAAAAAAAAAAUUAUAAUAAAUAAAUAAAAUAAAAUAAAACAAAGUAUUAAAAUAAAUGAAUGAAAGAAGAAUAACAAAUGAAAAUAAGUAAAUAAAAAAAUAAGUGCAAAAAAGACAAUGAUGAAAUGAUACAAUUUUGAUUGAAAAUGAAAAAUAUCAGGAUAAUUAUUAGUAAUACAGUAUAAUGAAAUGAUUUAGAACAUUUUAAUAUCAGUCAUGUAUUUAAAUGUUGAAAUGAUGUGAAAUGAAGGAAGGCAGAUAUAGGGAGCAUUUCAUGGAGAGUUUUGUCUGAUUUUCACUAAUUAGCUCUCAGCCAAUCAGAUGAAAGUCACUGACAGAAAUAUACAUAAAGUGCUCCCUGAGAUGGACAGUACAGGGAGGUAUAUGGAGAGAGAUCACAAUUAAAGGAUUAACUGGUAAAGCUGUCAAAGAAGAGGGGGGGGGGGGCAGGCAAUGAGGAAGGGGAUUAAAGGGAAUAGGAUGGUUUUGUUCUUGGGUGAAUAAGGAGACUACAAUGGAGAUAAACAGACCGAUUCAUAUGGCAAGAAAGAGAAAAGGGAGGGAUUGGGGAGAAGGGGAGGGGUUGGAAAAUCAAUGCAUUGUCUCUCAUACACUUGGCUGCACAAAGUAUCAUUGAAAUUGUAAUUAAAGCACCUACAUUAUGGAUAUUGUAUGUCAUGCAUGGCAGUGUCCAGUGUCCCGCCCUGUACACUUAAAAAUAGGACGAUUGGUAGUGACGUCAUGUAUUGUGUGAUUUUGUCAAGGAGACCCAGCUCAGAUCAGGCUGCUGGCUAUUUUGUGAGGAUUAGGGUUUGCUCCUUCAAAUCAAGGUCAGUUGCUAUGGUAACUUCUAACUUGGAUGGAUCUUCUUGGCUGCUGGUCAUAUUUUUUUGACAUUUUUUUUGGAAUAAUUUUUGAAUAAAUCCCUUGGAACAAAAAAUCUGGCUUUUCAUUUGUACACAUUGAGUAUCUGGAGUGUAGCUCAGAAAAGGACUUGCCCCACCCCUUUAGUUAUCAUCUAU